AGAACGGAAUCUGCUUAGCGGAAAUCAACGUCAUCCGAAGGCGGGUUUAUGUGUAUGGCAUGAGCUACACAUUUUAUUUCCUUGAUUUGUUUUCUUACAGUUUCCUAUUGCAAAUGCCCAACAUUUAAAUUUGAUAUAUUUAGAUUUAUUUGUCUGCAAGAGGAAAGCGACUUAUAAAGAUGGGGUAUAUGGUCGUGGAAAAACAUACAUCUGAUCUUCUCCAUUUGAAGAGGUCUCCUGGGAUUAGAUCAUGGUCCCUCCUUGUUGGAAUUGCUUCAGUUGGAGUAGCAGCAGCCUAUUACAGCUCUGACAGCAUAUUAUGGAAGAUGUUCUAUGUGACCGGUUGUUUUUUUGUAGCCCUACAGAAUAUGGAGGAAUGGGAGGAGGCCGUGUUUGAUAAAUCUAAGAGUGAGAUAGAACUAAAGACGUUUAGUCUCUACACCAUGAUACUGACUCUGUGGAGAAGAGGGCAUGAGAGAGUGGUGUUAGAUCUGCGGCACCUGCGAGACGUGAGUGUUCAGGAGGAGAGAGUGAGGUAUCUUGGGAAGGGUUACCUGUUAGUGCUGCGUCUAGCGACGGGCUUCUCUCACCCGCUUACACAGAGUGCCACACUGGGGUCACGCAGUGAUGUGGAGGCACUUGCUGCACUUCUGAAGCGCUUUUUGGGUCUUGAGGAGUUACAGCAGCGUUUGGCAGAAGACGAUUUUCCUGAUGAUGAUGACAAUGAAGAUUUGGGAUUGGGCGAUAGUAGUGAUUCAAAAGAGGAAGAUGAACUUUAAAAACCUCGGGGAGAGUUAGAAAAUGGUGGAAAACACUGUAUCAAGCCUUAAAUGAAACAACCAAACAUUCCAGUCUUAUAAACAUCCUGAUGACCAUCUCAAAGCAUAAUCUGUUUAUGGUUAUAUUGCAUUUUUACUUGCAUCUUUAAAGAGGCAUUACCAGGUGAUAUUCAGUACUUUUGCAAAAUGUCUCUGUAUACUUUGCUACAUGCAUAAAUUUUUUGUCAGUUUGUGAAAUAACUGCAUGAAGAAUUCUCUUCCAUUGGUCAUGAUUUCAAAUAUUCUAUGCAUGCACAUUCAGAUCACACUGUGAGAGAGUAGAACGGUAAUGGAUUUAACACUGCUUGUAUAUUAAACAUUUAGUGGUUUCUUUUUGUAAAUAGGUUAAUAUAUUUUUUUAUUCUAAAUCCUGAAAAAGAAUAUAAAUGAAUACAUUGCAGCUGCUGAGAAGUCAAUUAUCUUCCAAGGGGAUGCUUUUUUAAAUUGGUGUUGCCACUUUUUUAUUGGGUUAACAUGAGUAUACUUUGUUACAGAUUUCCCUUUUCUUUUUUUUAAUAAAAUUAUUUGAUAACAUUGA